UAGGUCCUUCCAGAAAGGGAAGAAUAGUGGGUUAGGGUCUAAAUGUUCGGCAGGGCCUGGUUCAUCCGCAGAGCUGGCCAGCAACCCCGGCUGGGCUCUGCCUUGAGCAGGGUGCCCCCCCCCCCUUGCCCAAAUCUCAGAAGGAGGAGGGGGAAGCAGACUGGCAGCCCGUGGUCCCAAGGGGGCUGGUUGCAGGUUUUGGGGUGAGUGUGGGGUUUCUUUUAGAUUGCUGUUUGGGAGUAAGGGCAGAGCCUAUGAGAGCAGGCACUGCGGGCACCCGGGCCCUGGUGCGGCUACUGUCCUCCACUCAGCUCCCCCCGCCGGUGAGUGCGCCCGCCCGCUCGACUGUGCUGUGCGGGGCUGCGGUUGGGGGAGGGGGGAGCGGGAUCAUCUGAGGCCAUAGCCGCUGCCGUGCGCGGGGAGGGGGAGCGGCGGGAGAGAAGGGAGGGAGAGGGGAGGGACAGGCUAGGUGUCUGCUGCUCCGCGCCACUGCUGCCGGGCCUGUCCUCAUCCCUAGCAGCCCUCUCUGCAGCUAAGGGUUAUCACCACCACCGCACCGCCUCCCUUUCCUCGCCUGCCUCUGCAGCCAGGGGUCCGGGUUCUGCGAUCUCGCGAGAGUGGCUGACUGGCUGUGGGGGUUGCGGCGGCAGCAGGCGGAGCCGGGGAGGGAAAGCAGCGGCGGCUGAGGCGGCUGAGGCGGCGGGCGGAGCGGCAGGCGGCGGCGGCGCGGCGGCGGCGGAGCGCAGCAUCAUGGCGGACAGAGACAGCGGCAGCGAGCAGGGCGGUGCGGCGCUGGGCUCGGGCGGCUCCCUGGGACACCCGGGCUCGGGCUCGGGCUCCGGCGGGGGCGGUGGUGGCGGCGGGGGCGGCGGCGGCAGUGGCGGCGGUGGCGGCGGGGCCCCGGGGGGGCUGCAGCACGAGACGCAGGAGCUGGCCUCCAAACGGGUGGACAUCCAGAACAAGCGCUUCUACCUGGACGUGAAGCAGAACGCCAAGGGCCGCUUCCUGAAGAUCGCUGAGGUGGGCGCGGGCGGCAACAAGAGCCGCCUCACUCUCUCCAUGUCAGUGGCCGUGGAGUUCCGCGACUACCUGGGCGACUUCAUAGAGCACUACGCGCAGCUGGGCCCCAGCCAGCCGCCCGACCUGGCCCAGGCGCAGGACGAGCCGCGCCGGGCACUUAAGAGCGAGUUCCUGGUGCGUGAGAACCGCAAGUACUACAUGGAUCUCAAGGAAAACCAGCGUGGCCGCUUCCUGCGCAUCCGCCAGACGGUCAACCGGGGGCCGGGCCUGGGUUCCACUCAGGGCCAGACCAUUGCGCUGCCCGCGCAGGGGCUCAUCGAGUUCCGCGACGCUCUGGCCAAGCUCAUCGACGACUAUGGAGUGGAGGAGGAGCCGGCCGAGCUGCCCGAGGGCACCUCCUUGACUGUGGACAACAAGCGCUUCUUCUUCGAUGUGGGCUCCAACAAGUACGGCGUGUUUAUGCGAGUGAGUGAGGUGAAGCCCACCUACCGCAACUCCAUCACCGUGCCCUACAAGGUGUGGGCCAAGUUCGGACACACCUUCUGCAAGUACUCAGAGGAGAUGAAGAAGAUUCAAGAGAAGCAGAGGGAGAAGCGGGCUGCCUGUGAGCAGCUGCACCAGCAGCAGCAGCAGCAGCAGGAGGAGACUACUGCUGCCACUCUGCUACUGCAGGGUGAGGAAGAAGGGGAAGAAGAUUGAUCAAACUGAAUGAAAACACACACACACACACACACACACACACACACACACACACGCAUACACACACAGCCAGACACAGAAAUAUACUGUAAAGAGAGAAUUAAAAGUUUAAAAAAAAAAAAAAAAAACUCUUUAACUCCAAGGGCGCACCACCCACAGAACCUCCACCAACUGACAGUUUCUCUUCGUGACUUGCCACCCAGCGCUGGAUGUUGUCCACUUUAUCCACCAUAUGAAACAGUAAGCAGCUGCUAAAAACAAAAAACAAAAAAAUACAAAAAGUAAUAACAUUAUAUGAACUGUUUCCUACUUGAUUAAAAUAUAAAGAACUGAGUGUUUAUUUCCCUAAUUAACCAAGAACUUUUGUACACGUUUAAGCUAUUAUUAAAAGUGUUUGCAAAUGGUCAAGAUUAUAAUAUUGCUGAAUUAUAUAAAAGUCCUUUUCAUGUUGAGCUAACAUUUGACUUUAGCACAAAAAAGAGAUAUUUUAGAACACGUAAAAUAAUAUUUUUAGUUUUUCUCAUUUUGUUACCAAAUUUCAAACCUUACAUGGAGGCUAUUAUAGUAUAUUUGACACCCUAUAUACCUGUGAUUAGAGAUGUGUAUAUAUAUAUGAGGGCUAGGCAUGCUGUGUGUCUGAGCUUUGUCUAAAUGUUAUGCAGAAGUUUGUAGAGUUAAAGGUACGUAGGUUUAAUUCAUGCAAGGUAAACAAUAAGUGCUCUCUUUUAUACAAUAUGCAUUGCAUCUGGACCUUAAAAAGUGGUCAGUGAAACUUCUGUGAACAUGAAGAAAUUAUUAAAAAAGGCAUUUAAAUGAAAUUUGCUAAGUUGUGAUUUUUAUGGUUGGAACCAAAGUUAUUCAAAUAGAAAAAAGAAAAAGAGAAAGAAAGAAAAAGAAAGUCUCCCAUAAUAUUUUUCUGCAUCUGUUUGCUUUGAGUAGGCGUUUUGUUAUUGUGUAUAUGAGAUGUACUUGUAUUGUUCAUAAUAUAUUUUUUUUAUUAUAUGUAGAAAGACUUUAAAAACUUAACUAAUGUGCAGCAAUUUCCAGUGAACCUAUACUUGGACAUCAAGUAGUGAGUCUAUUUGUGGUCACUAGCACUGUCUCCUAAACUUGUAAGAGGUCUAAAGCUAUCUUUCUUUCUUUCUUUUUUUUUUUUUUUUUUUUUUUUGCUAGUGCUAUUAACUUAUGUAGACCUGUUAAAAAGCAGAGCAACACAAUUAUAGUUAUCCUACUGAGCCAUGGAUUUGAGUUUUGUUAUAAAAGUGAGAGCCAAGUUGGUAUAUGUAAAGGAUUUCCAUGUAGCUGUGGUGCUAGUUAUUACUGGCUACAUUAUAUGCUAAGUGUAUUUGUGUUCCCCAAAUGUACAAGCCUUCUAUCAAAAAAUAUGUUCUAUAACUCAUAUAUUCAAAGCGUAGGGUAUGAAAAUGCAAAGCUUAGGAGAGCACUUUACCAAGCCAGUGUCCUCCAUACUGAAAUUGUUUGUAACAGAUAGUCUUUUACAGGUUUUCAUUUUAAGAUGUUUGUGUGCUUUUAAUUGAAAACUAACUUCUUGCUGCUGUAUAGUAAAAUAUUAAUAUAUUUUUAUCAUUAAACUGCUGCAUGACUAUCAUCUUUGAGUGAAGAGAAAAUGUUAUAAAAAAAGAUGCCUUAAACAGUACAUUUUGUUUGGAAUUCUGUAGAAAGUAUUUUGGUAAAAAAAAAAAAAAAAAAGAAAAGGAUCUUGGAUCUUGUCUGACAGAGAGCUCUGGGAUAGAAUUGUUUCUUGGCAAAUCUAGCCAUAUAGAUCUAACUGCUGUAUGUAGACGACUCCACCUGUAGGAGUGAGAAGGUUUACGGUGCUUCUCUUAUUGUAAAGCAUUGGCCUAGGAAGGUGAAAAAGUUGUCUUUUUGAAGGAUUUUUUUUCUGCUGGUUCUUUGGGUUUUGAUUUGAUAUUUUUAAGCUCCCUGGUUGAGUGUGUUGUCUUUGUUUUUGAGAUCUACUGUAUGUGUUGAUUAACAAGCUAUUUUCAUUGUACUGUGCAUUUUCCCAUUAAAUUGUUUGCUUUUAAUAUUCAUACAAUGUUAAAUAUGAGGUGACCGUACAGUAGUUAGGAAUUUCUUUACUUACAAAAUCACUGGAAAUGAUUAAAUUGCUUUUCCCCUUCCCCAAGGUGCAUUUUUCUUAUUUCCAUAUAGUAAAGUUGAGCUUUUACAGUGCGUAAUGUGACAUUUGGAAUGCUUAUCAACUGCAUGUAAACAUUAAUAAUCUGCACUUUUUUGUCUUAAGGUUUGUUGAGCUGUUUUGUUCACUGUACUUUAACUGUGAUAUGGAAAAGAUUGCAUUCUCUGUGCUGUUACUAAUUAGGAAAGAGAAUUGCUUUGAUUUUGUCUCUUGUUUACUAUAACUUUUAAAGUAAAGCCUUGUACUACAGGUUGUUGGAGUACUCCUAGAUCAGUGUUUCAUAGUAGCCAGCAAUAAGUAGUGCAAGUCAACAAAAACACAGCAAACUUAGGCAAAGUGUCCUUUCUUUGAGAUGUGAGUUCUUUCAUGAGGUUUUCUUUAGGGUCAGAGUUACCUAAAGUGAAGCCUUUCUUAACUUACAGACUUCAGAUUCUGCUUGGAAUCCUACCGGAUCAAGAAGCACAUGUAUUGUGCAAUUAUCUUUACACUAUAACAGUUGAACACAAUCUUACUAGGAUUUUGAAACCAUUGUCUGAUUUAUGGUCAGUGGAUUUAAAAAGAAAUCCAUAUGCAGAUCUUUUAAGACUUAAGAAGUGAUCAUAGAGAAGAGUAAAUGACUGUAAAGAUGCUUUUUUUUUUUUUUUAAAGCAUUUCACUUUACCUCCUCAAACACCUUCCCAAGUUUCCUUUCUCUACUUUCCUCUUUCAUCUUUCCCUACCUUCCCCUUCCCAGGUGCUCAGUACUUUACCAAGGUUCUAUAUCUCAGUGUUUUAUGUUGGAAUUUUUCCUUGUUUUUAUUUUACUAGUUAGUAAACCCCAUUUGUACUGGAAAAAAGUGGUAUAUUUGACCAUAUGUGUUAUUCAUCAAAGACAGUAUGAUCAAAUGUGCCAAAAACAAGCAAACAAAACUUAAUUCCUGAAGAGUAUGCCUUAUGUUUAUUGAUCUAUUCUGUCUUAUAAUUAAGGUCCAAGAGCUUGGUUAAACUAUGUUAUUGCCUAAGUAAAAGAAAACUUGAAAUGCAUUUCAAUACUGACAUUCUGUAAAAUGAGAGACAUUGUCAAGUAAUUUAAUCCAGAGAUCAGCCACCAGAUUUGAAAUGCGUGUGUGUGUGUGUGUGUGUGUGGUGUGUUUGAUAUUAUUCAUUGUGGGAUAUUUUUCGUUUUUUCAUUUUAAAUCACCAAAUCUUUUUUUAAGCUACUUUUUAUUUGUACCUCCUAUUUAUCAUGCUGAUGUUAGAAGAAGCAGUCAUCCAGCCACAGAGGGAGCUAAAGUUAACUAACCAGAACUGUAGAAAUAAUUAUACUUGCCUUUGACAACAAAGGAAGUUCGUAAGAAAAGCCAUAUCGGCUUUUCCUCUACUAAAUACAGAUUGGAGAUAGAUGCAUGUUUGCCAAAUGGAAAAACAGAAUGCUAUAGUCAGGAAAGACAAACUGUUUUCCAGCUUCUCAAAAGCCAUGGAAAGUAGAAACCAAAAUCAACAGGGAAAUUUAAAAACCUUUAAGUCUCACUUUCUAGUUGUCCUGUGCAGGUGUUGAAAUUUGACUCAAAUUGGAAAGUAUAUCAAUAUGUUUUUUAGGCCUUCAUAUCCAGAGAUGGAUAACUAGUCCAGUUUGGUUUUUCAGGUAAUAGAGAAAGCUGCUAAUAUUUUUAAACCCUGCCCUAGAAGACAGAUAAUUUCAUUUGGGAGCAAAUACUUAUUGCCUUGAAAAAUAGCACUGUAAUAGCCUAUGAUAAUUAGUCUUAGAAUAACCUUUAUCCCUUUCAAACUAUGCAAAUUAUUAAAUAUGUGUAAAUUAGAGUUCAAUUAAAGAUAGUUGAUUAUAUUGCAAUCAGAUGGCAUUCACAAACUUAACGGGAGCAUAUACAAAUAAAUCUAUUAGUUUCAGAGUUUUUUAUGCUACAGAAAAAUAUAAUUUAGCUACCUAUUCUAAAAAUGGUGAAUAUUAAUAUUGUAUAAUAAGACUUGGAAGACUGCCUCCUUUUUGAAGAGAGAGAUUAAGGAUUUUUAUAAUUGUUUUUCAUCAAAUUUUAAUAUUUUUGUCAAAUUUUUAGGUAUUUAAUUUGUAAAACAGUUUGCUUUGUACUGGCAUACAGAAAAUAGGGUAUUGAUUUUAAACUUUUUGAAGCCAAGUGAUCAAGUACAUUUGUAAUAAAAGUCAAUGGAUCUAUAUCAGUUGUACUCAAUGUUUUCAUUUCUUAUUAACAUAGGGAUGCUAUACUUUUUCUGCAGGAAAAUGGAACUAAAUUUGGGUGGAAGGGAGGGGAAAGAUGAAUCUGUUGAUAAUGAGAAUCUGGGUGGGUUGGAUGGCCCAAGCACUUUAUAUCACUGAUAAGUCAGUUAAAAAUUAAUGCUGUAUAUUUUUAAAAGAUGCCAUGUCACCUAUUUUCUUCCUGGUUUCUUAUGGAACUUCAUGUUUGGAGAGAUUAUCUCAUUCAUUUUUGUUUCUGUGCUUUAACAUUUUGUGUUUUGGCCCUGUGAAACUUUCCAAACUAACACAUUUGUCUUUUAUGGCAUUUUAGUUUAUAUAUCAGGGAUGGUAACUCCACCAUGAGCGUUAGUUGUAUCUCCCACACAUGGCUCACCCUCUCUUCUACAGUAGUUCCACUCAUUUUUUUUUUCAUGUUGUAUUACACAUAUUUCCAGAUGAUUUUAGAAUGGGGCUUUUCAAAUUGUUGGUGUGGCAGCUUUCAUAUGUUCACAAUUUCUUUUAAAUGUGAAUGUACUUGUAAAAUUUUCUUCUCCAUAAAAUGAGAUACUAAGUCUGUUGACUUUGUUUUUCAAAGUCUUUUGAAUCUCAUUCUGAUUUCUGUGUAAAAGAAUGCUAAAAACAAGGGCAUCUUUAGCAAUUUAAAUUUGAAAUAGUGAUGACACUAAAGUUUAUACUUGAUUAUCGCUAACUUGAAAUGUCAUAAUAAUUUGGAGGUAUAUAUUGUCAUGAGUGGAAUAAAUAGGAGAGAAUUUUUUUGAAUUAAACAAGUAAAUUCACCAAAAUUGUUUGUGCAAAAUGGUCUAUUACAUUUUAUCAAUUUAAAUAAUACGUUGUAUUUCUACUUUCUUCAUUGUCUAUUAAUUAGAGUUAGGCUACUUGUAAUGAAAAACACUAGAAAGUGAUCACUGCUAUUAAAAUUACUGUCUUCAGUAAUAUUAAUUGCUAUAGAAUUGUCUUUGCAGACUUUGUGUUGUACUUUUAAAAAAAGCUGAUUUUAAUAUUUAUGAAAUUAUUUGAUACUCAAGCAAAACCCAAAUUUAAGACCUAGGCCAUUUGGCUUUUUUUUCUUAAUGAAAAUUUCAUUAGUAUAGGCUAAGUGAAGAUGAUCUAGACUAGCAUUAGUCUAAGUCAGAUAGAAUUUCAAGAUAGAAGAACAGCCAGAUACAAGAACAGAUGAAAUGUGGAAAAUGCGAUGGGUUUUAAGCCAAGACUUUGUCAUCUUUCAUCUACCAAACUGACUACCAGAUUUUGAUGUUAAAUAAUAUAGGCAAUUUUUUUUUCUUUAGGAAAGCUGAGUAUGGCAAAGAUCACUUGUUAAGAGCAUUUUAAAACAAUUUCAUACCUACGUAUUUUUAUUUUAUGUUCAUAUUACAUUUGGUGUUGUUUCCUUUCUGUUUCUUGACAUACUUUGCUUUUGUGGUGCAUUGUCUUCUUGAUAGGUAGAAACAUGGUGGUGAUUGUGUAUGUAAAAUAAAGCUGUUUCUUAUGGAUGAGAAAUAUUUUAUGAAUUUGGAAUUACAAGAUUUUGUGCUUUCAUAAAUAUUUUGUUUUGAUUAUUGCUAGUGAUUUACUUAUUGAAUUUUUAUAACACUUAAUGAAAAAUUUAAUUGUCUUUAUUUAGGAUCUACUUUAAUAAUCAGUAGGCUUCCAGGUUUAAGGACCAACACCUUUUAUUCUAGAUUUGUGAAAAAUGUGGAAAUAUUCUUGUUGUAUAUAUUUUGACCUAAGAUGUGUUAAUCAGAUGGCUUCUAGGAAGAUGUAAGAAAAGAUGUUUGUUGUGAAGCAGCAGUUAAAGUUAUGGCACAGGUGACUUCUAGUCACCUUUACUAGCUCAAACAGUGAUGACCAUGAGGUUAAAAUUUAUUAAAAUUAUAUUGAAGUUAAGUCAAACUCCCAUUUAGCUGGAGUGAAUUGACAAUCUCCAGUGCAAUUAAUUGUGUUAGUGGCUUUAAGCUACCAUUUAUCUUAUAUGUCUGACAUCUUGUUUCUCCUAGCCUUUUUCUUUGUUUCCUUUUUGUCUUUAUUCUUCUUGCUAUAGGCCUGCCAGUGGCACUCAAGCUUACCCACUUCAGAAAGAAGUAAAGACAUUGCUGACUCCUGCCUUAGAACAUAGCUAACCUGGUGAUCCAGAGAGAUUUCUGUAUUAUGAGGUAAUUGGACAGUUGUUUUUUUUUUUCUGUUUUCCCCUUGAGAUUUAAAUCCACAAUUUGAAGAGCAUCUAAAUUAGUCUUAAGAAAUUUUGGAGAGAGUGAGAAGUAUGUGUCUUUUACUUGAGUUUCUGAGAACUGAGAUACUGGUUUGGAAGUCUGAAAGCAGGAAGGGGAAAACUGUUUAAAAUGUUUGUGAAUGGAAGUAUGAGAUGGUUUGUUUGUAAAUUGGGGGGAAUUUUUAUUGGUUUAGGAAAA